AUGGAUGUUGUAACUAUUCUUAUAGGCGCUGCGGUAUUCGUUAUAUCAGCUUUGGUAAUAUACUGCAUCUCUGCCUUUUCAAUGCGAGAGAAAACUUUUGAAGAGGUAAUUGAGGAGCAGCGACGUCGAGAGGAGAUAGAAAGAGAAAAAGCAAAAGCAGAGAAGAGGGCAGAAAAAGAGCUGCAGAAGAAGAAGCACAAGAAAGGAAAGAAUGAAAAAGUGAAAGAAAAGGCAGCGCAGGUUACCGAACCUGAGCUUAAAAUAGAGCAUAAAAUGGUAAAUCUUGAAAUUGAGCCAGAGAUUAUUGAACCCACUGAACAUUUGGGGCUGAAUGUUGGCGUCAGGCAAAGAGGAAAGAAGGAGAAAGCCACUAAAUCAAUUCUGCAAAACAAAAGCGAGCAUACCCCUGUAGUUGAGAAGGCUGCUGAGGUGUACCACAAGCCUGUGGUGCCCAAAGAUGAACUGGAGUUGAAGAAGAGCCACGAGAAAACCGUAGUGGAGAAGAUUGAGAAAGUAAAGGUGGUUCAUACUGAAACUCACCAUGAGGUCAAAGUAAAGCAUUCAACUGAGAGCAAAGAAAACUUGCCUCCCAAGAAAGCAGAGAAAGAUGAAGAGCUGGUAGCUAAACAUGUCCGUGAACUGGAAAAGCGGCCACCAAAGAAAGUGGAGAAGGAGGAAGAGGCAAUAACUAAAUCUGUCAGUGAGUCGGAAAAGCGGCCGGCGAAGCAGAAAGUACAUACAGAUGAUGUUCCUUUGAAUGGCUCAAGGCUGAUCUCAACAGUGAAGAGCGCAAACCUAACUGAGAGUGAAGUUCAGAGUCUGAUAGACAUCCUGCUCAAUAAACAAGGUCUGACGCCUGCAGGCACUGCUGCCAGCGAGUCCUGGAACAAGAAGAGUCAGAAAGGUGACCCUGUAGCCACAUUGAAAAAGCAGCUGGAAGAGAAAGAGAAAGCUCUUCAAGAAGAGCAAGCAAUAACUGUUGCUGCCAACACCCGUGCCAAGGAGCUGAGAAAUGAGCUGUUGGUGGAGAAGAACAAGUAUGUUGCCAUUGAGAAGAAGCUGAAGGAAAGCGUUGACAAGCACCAGUCGGAGUUGCAGGCACUGCAGCAGCGUAUGCAGCAUGCACACGAGCAGCACCUGCAGGAAACCAGCAGCCUGCAGACCCGAAUUAAGACUUUGGAGCAAGGAAGUGACAAAGCCGCCCUGCAGAAAUUGGCUGAUGAAAAGAAAUCCCUCCAGGAUAACUUUAACCUGACCGUCAACGACAAUGUGAGACUGAAUGAGAAGUUAAAGGCUACGGAGAACGAGCUGAGCAAGGCUGUAAGCACUGUACAGGCCAGUGAAGUUGCCAAGAAGACCUUGGAGUCCAAGAUUAACACCUAUGAGCAGAAAAUUAAGAAGCUGGAAUCUGCACAGAAGGAUGUAGACUCCAUGACACAUAAACAGAUAGAAGAAGUCAACCAAGAACUCCGAAAGGCAGAAGCGAAGAAUACAUCGCUGUCUUCAGACCUGCAGAAGGCAACUGGCGCCCUGAGCGCAGCGCAGGAAGAGGUUAGAACUCUGAAAGCCAAACUUCAAGAGCUGGAGGUGCAUCUCACCAGGACAGACACCAGCAAAGAUGUGGAAACCAGACUGCAUGAGUCGGAGCAGAAGCGGUCUGACCUAGAAGGCAAUGUGAAAAAUCUGGAGAACCAACUGGCAGGAUUGUCUCAAAGGCUCAGUGAAAGCAGUGCUGAAAUUGCUAAACUGCAGCAGGAGAACAAGGUGUUGCUGGAUGAAAACAAGACCAUUCGUGAGCAACUGCAAACUACUCCUGCCUCUAAUGGAGACAUCCAUGAAAAUGGACCAAAUAUAUCCCUGGCUGAGCAUGAGAAAAUUGUGUCCGGGAAAAAUAAAGAAGUGAGUGAGCUGGCUGCGGGGUUAGAAGCUCAGAAAAAGACACUGAUGGUUGUGCAAGGCCAACUGGACACUAAAGUUGUUGAGGUGACAGAUCUCCAGGAACAGCUGGUCCAGCAGAGGAAAAAGAACGAUGAGUUGAGACAGAAAAAUUGGAAGGCAAUGGAAGCAUUAGAAAAAUCUGAAAAGUCUGCAAGUGAAAAGGUCGAUAAAGCUUUGAAAUCUGCUAGGGAGCUGAGCACUGCGGGGGUCACAGAGAUUGAGACUUACGACAAGGCAGUCUUCCAGCGACUAUUUCCAAACAUUCAGAUUUCAGAUAAAUUGCCUCACAAAGAAUGGAUAACAAUGUUUGAGAAGCAAGCUGUAAAGAAGAUUUCUGAGACUGCAAAAGAAAGUAGAUUGAUAGAAUUAGAGGAACAGAAUAAGAGGAUACACAGCCAGCUGUCUGAAUAUGAGAAUCAGCUUGCGGAAUUGAAAUCACAGAAUGAACAACUGAAACACAUUGAAGAAGAAAAUGAAAGACUGAAGCAAGAUAAUGCUGAGAGAUAUACACAGUUGGAACAGGAUAACAUCAGAUUGAAGGCGGAGGUGGACAAUUUCCGUGGCGUUGUGACUGAAACUGAAAAUAAACUGCGUCAGCUCGAGAAAAGUAUAGAUGCCGAAGAGAAAAAAUGGCAGGAAAAAUUAAAGCAGGCACAGUCGCAGUCAAAAUCGGACAGUGGCUCAUUACAGAGGAUACAAGAGCUGGAGUCUUUGGUAUCACAGCAAGAAAGCCAGCUGCAGGAGUACAGGCGUACUUUGUCCCUUACAACCAAACGUGCAUUGUCUAUACUGAGACAAGAAAUACAGACUACUCAAGGCAGUAGGGAA